UUAUCCAUCUAGUAAUGGAAGACAACAGAAGGUCUACUUCCAAAACAUGUUUACACCAAUUAUUACAAAAUUUGUUAGAAAAAGAAGCUAAAACACACUAUUCACUUCUUUUUCUCUGUAUCUUCAAAACCCUAAUUAUGGAUGUUGGAACAGUCAUGUCUGCUGUUCAAACUCUGUUAGCAGCACUUCAAUGCUCUCAGCUUAGAGAUUUUUGCUCUAGCUUUGACUGCAAACCCAAACUCGAACAACUCAAAAAAGCCGUUGAAAGAAUCCAAGCUGUGCUCAUUGAUGCUGAGCUUAAGCAAGCUCUGUCCCACCAAGAGCAGCUGUACAUUGAAGAGCUUAAGGAAGCUGUUUUUGAAGCUGAUGAUCUGUUUGAUGAGUUUGUCACUCUUGCUGCUCAGAAGAAGCUCAAUACUCGUAUCAAGGACCGUUUCUUCGCCCUCUUCACCAAGUUAGCUGAUGAUUUCUCUGUUUCUAAAAAGAUCGACAAGAUCAGAAAGAAGUUAGAUGAUAUCGCUGAUAAUAGCAAGUUCAAGUUGAAGAUUGAUCCCAAGCCUAUUAACAGUAGAAGCCGAGAGACCUAUUCUUAUAAGGAAGAAGUUAUCAUCGGAAGAGACCAAGAUCUGGAGACCAUCAAGGGUAUGUUGCCAAACUCUGAUGAUGUUCAACAGGACGUUUUUUUCCUUAGUAUUGUGGGGAUUGGAGGGUUGGGCAAAACUGCUCUUGCUCGACUUUUGUUCAAAGAUCCAACGGUGGCAACUUCAUUUCAGUUGAAGUUGUGGGCUUGUGUUGCAGACCAAGAUCAAAAUUAA